AUGUACUCGGUGCACGCAUACUUGCCCGCCAUGGAGUCUUUCGGCUUCGAGACGGAUCUCAGAACGCACACGUCCGGACAGGCAAUGUGCCAGACCUUCUUCGAUCACUGGGAGCAUGUUCCUGGCGAUCCGCUGGAUCGGCGCCCGCUGGAGCCGGCACCUGCGCCGCACCUGGCGCGCGAGUUCAUGCUCAAGAUGAGGCGGCGAAAGGGCCUCAGCGAGGACGUGUCGGUUCACAAGUUCUUUGAUGAUCCGAUGCUUCUGGAGCUCGCGAAGCAGGAUGCCGAGCUCAGCUCCUACUUCUGA